AUGAUUUGCCGAACCUGUCUCCGGCGAGCCGCAGGGUUCGCGACCAGGCAAAUAGCACCCCGAUCUCUCAGCGUAACAGCCCCUGCGCGAACCUUCAGCACGACCCUCUGCACGCGCAAUGCAGCACCAGCGGCAGCGGCAGCAACGCCAUCAGCAGAGUCCCGCGCGCCGGAUCUGACCCCUUUAACGCCCUCCUCCUCCGCCGCUUCAGAAGCAGCAGCCGCCGCCGAAAAGCCCAGGCCGAUUUCAAUCUGCGCGGCCGGCACCCCGCUCAACGGGCUAAACUAUUUCAAGGGCAGAUCGGACCCGGUCGCGCUGCCGGACGAGGCCUACCCGGACUGGCUGUGGAACUGUCUGGAGGUGCAGAAGAAGGCCGACGCCGCGGACGACGCUGACGCAGGCGACGAGUUCUCCAAAUCCAAGAAACAACGUCGCCUCGCGCUCAAGCGGCAGCGCCAGCAAGAGGAGAAGAUCCUGGCAUCGGGCAACCUCGAGGCGCUGGCGCCCAAGAUCCCGCUGCAGCAGCAGAGCAUCAACCUCCCCGCGGGCGAGCCGGGCAACGUGCGGGCGGCCAUAGAGGCCGCCGACAAGCGGGAGGAGCUGCGCCGCGCCAUGCGCAAGGAGCGCCGUGCCAAGAUCAAGGAGUCGAACUUCCUCAAGAGCAUGUAA